AUUGUUAUUCAUGCAAUACAAAAUAAUUACAAAUUGUUCUUCAACUAGCAUAUGCUGAAGCUACAAAGUUUUAGAUAAUUUUAGCUUUAAACUCUUAUGCAAAUUCUAGAGCAGAUAUGGCAGCACACUUAGAAAAUUCAUCUACACGUCAUGAAUUUAAUAAAAGUAAAAUUACGUACAGAAAUACAAACAAAUUACGUGGAGGUAGCGGAAAAAUGCAAUUGUGUGAUUCAAUAAAAGCGGGGAACACGAACGUUAACAGAAAGUGUGUGAAACAAAAACAUUAUUAUCGUUUUUAGUAAAUCGUGGUAAGCGAAAUUCUCAAGUAUACAACGUAACAAUGGACAAUGAGACACCGUCGGUUUGGAAACGUAUAACAAGGAAAGGCAGUGGCUUUGUGGUCUGUGAUACGCCCACUGAUAACUACGAUUCUGCAACAAAAAACCACAACAUCACUCAAGCCACGGUUGCAGCCAUCCAGAGUAAUGCAUUAUUGCAACUGCAAGAACAGCAACGUCUAGUACGCGUUUCCUUACUCUCUGCAAGCUUUGUGAAUAUUUGCAUCUUCAUAGCAGGCACUAGUGUAGCCUUUUUUCUCUAUGAAUUCCUUCACUUCAAUCCCUAUAGUGCGUUGAUACGUCAAGCAACCAAACAAUUACAACAUUUGCCUGAUAAUCAUUUUCUUCAAACACGCGAUGAUUUUGCUGUUUAUGCAGCUCCAGGUAUGGGUGACAUUGAUUUGAGGGCGUUUACGGAUAUGCACUCACAAAUGAAAGAAGACGAGACGCACGACUCCGGUACGAAUAUUAAAGAGGCACUCGACUCAUUAAAACUUGCGACGGAAAUGCGCAUAAUGGGUAAAGAGGAGAAAGCGCAACGCUUAUAUGAGCAUGCAUUUGCACUAGCACCGAAGCAUCCGGAAGUGUUGCUGCGCUACGGGGAGUAUUUGGAGCAUGAUCAACGUAACAUUCUGUUGGCCGAUCAAUAUUACUUUCAAGCGUUAAUGCUCAAUCCAACCAAUAGUGAAGCGGUCGCUAAUCGUCAGCGUACUGCUGGUAUUGUACAAUCCAUUGACGAACGCAAGCUAGAGCUACUUGAUUUAAAGCGUGACGCUCUCUCUGCGGUGCACGAAUCGAAUGCUGCUUUACGACGGGCUAAGAAAGAGGCUUAUUUUCAACAUAUUUAUCACUCGGUAGGCAUUGAAGGCAACACAAUGACUUUGGCACAGACACGCUCCAUUUUGGAGACGCGCAUGGCCAUCGAUGGCAAGUCGAUUGAUGAGCAUAAUGAAAUUUUAGGUUUGGAUUUGGCAAUGAAAUAUAUCAAUGCAAGUUUGGUAAACAAAAUCGAAAUAACAUUGAGAGAUAUAUUGGAGAUUCACAGACGUGUUUUGGGUCAUGUUGACCCAAUCGAGGGCGGUGAAUUUCGUCGAACGCAAGUAUAUGUUGGUGGUCACGUACCACCGGGGCCUGGAGAUUUAGCAAUACUUAUGCAUCACUUUGAAAACUGGUUGAAUUCUGAACAAACAGUUUCUCUGCAUCCAGUAAAACACGCCGCUUUAGCUCACUACAAACUGGUUCAUAUACACCCAUUUAUAGACGGUAAUGGUCGCACAUCACGUUUACUAAUGAAUGCGCUUUUGAUGCGCGCCGGUUAUCCGCCUAUUAUUAUACCAAAGCAACAGAGGCACAAAUAUUACCAAUUCCUACAAGUGGCAAACGAAGGUGACAUACGCCCCUUUGUACGCUUCAUAGCUGAUUGUACUGAAAAAACUCUUGACUUAUAUCUUUGGGCCACCAGCGACUUACCGCAUCAGAUACCAAUGCUGGCGCGGACAGAGAAUGAAUUAGCGUUUGUUGACAAAUUGGUAACACCCGUCGAAAGCACAGAAUCUGCCGCAAAGACACAAGGAGGCACACAGCCAAUAGAUGUAUUUGCCUCAGGUUCAGGAGAUAUUCCUUAACAUUUUAUGAUUUUUUUGAUAGUACUGUAUGCCAUGUAGUGUUUAGAAGUCAAACAAGGGUCGUAGUUAUAUUAGUUUGAAAGUAAGUUACAAGUAUGUGUUAAUUAGCGAAAACACGGAAGACAAAAAGCUGUUUUGUACAAACGUAUAUGAAAUUUGUGUGAUUUUUUUUUUUUGUAUAUGUGUAUAUUACGUAUGAUAUGCAACACUUGACUGUGAUCUGUUAGAAGUGUUUCGGCGUAUAUUUGUAAACUUGGCAUAUCUCUUACACUGUAUAUAGGCGGACAAGGCUGCUGCGCAAAUAAUAUAUUAUAUUUUAUUUAUAUACACGUUUACACUUCCAAUCGCAAAAAAAAAUGAUGUACAUAUGUAGAUAUACAAAUUUUUAGUUAUAAUUGUAAAAAAAAUCCUGGCAGUGGUUUUGUGGGUACGCACUGACAAAUCAGAGUAACAAUGCCAAAAAGCUACAUUAUUCAAAAGAGAAAAGUACUGCCAAAAUAUUAAGACAACCAAAAAAUCAAGAAUGACUUUCAAUAAUAAUGUUUGUAUAUAUAGGUAUUUAUAUAUUUAGCAUUAAUAAGUACACAUUGGUAGAUUUAACAAAAAAUUCAUAAACUAAAAAACUAUUAACGAAUCACAAGGUCUGUUACAUAUGCAGCCACUCGGGCUCUCUACUGUGAAACAAAAAUUAUUUAUAUGUAUUUAAAAUUACAUUAAAAAAUCAAUUUAAAGCACAAA